CCAUUGCCAAGUGAUGAAGAACGAAGCAGUUGAAGUGUGGAUGAACUAUUAAUGGAUAACAGAUAUUUUUCUUCCUUUUAUCAAUCAUGCAGUCGUUACUUUCAUGCAGGUACAAAACGAUGAGUUACUAUUGAAAUAAGACUAUUCUUGUUGUACAUGAAUUGUUCACUAUUCUCAUAGGAACUGCCGCAGCUCAGGAUUUGUCUUUUGUUGGAUAUAUCAUAUGUGUUUAGAUUAUUGAUUAUAGUUAAACUUGUUUUGCUAAUUGAUAUUGUUCGAUUGACUAUUUGAACACUUUAUUGAAUUGAGCUUUCUUUACAUGUUACGGAACAUCGCCAUUAUAGCUUUGUUGCCUUAUAAUUACUGAAGUUUGGCUUUCAGAUAAUAUUCCGUCCAAGGGUUUAUUUAAAUACGUAUUUUUCCUAAGUGCUUGAUGGUACAUGAUGAGUGAUUAUUCAGGUGUUGCACCGCCCCAAAAUUUGAGUCAAAGUUCAGCUUUUGCUGCUGCCCUUCAACGAGCUAAACAGAUAGCAGCUAAAAUUAACCCAGGUAGUGCUAGUGGAAGCUCUGAUCCACCGGGAGUAAAACGGUCACACGAAGAAGGAACUGACGAUUUUGAGCCUGACAUUAAGAAAUUAGCAACAGGAGGGGCCGGUUCAAAUAGUUCGGUUGGAAGUGUUGGAGUCUCGGCUCAAAUUUCAGCAGCCCUGGCGGCCGCUACGGGAAUGUCGGGUUUGGGGGUCAAUGGUCAAAUGACUACUGAAGACAUAAAAGUGCCUGACAAGAUGGUUGGCCUUAUUAUAGGCCGCGGGGGAGAGCAGAUCAGUCGACUACAGGCUGAAUCUGGUUGCAAAAUUCAAAUGGCUAUGGAUAGUGGUGGAGCUCCAGAACGGCUAUGCACACUCACAGGUAACCCACAGGCUAUAUCCCGUGCUAAAGAAAUGAUCGCUGGUAUAAUUACACAACGCAGCAAAACAGAAGGAAUGGGUGGUGCGCGAUUAGAUGAGUUGGGGUUGAGCGAUACCAAUGGUAGUGAAGGUCGCCACUCCAAUAUGGAUAGAGGCUCAAUGGGUGGUCAUGGAAUGCACUCGCAAGGCGAUUUUCAUAAUGGGUCUACUUUUGAGAUGAUGGUGCCCGGUUCUAAGGUUGGUCUGGUUAUAGGAAAAGGAGGGGAGACUAUAAAACAAUUGCAAGAAAAGUCGGGAACUAAAAUGGUGGUUGUUCAAGAUGGGCCAAAUCAGGAAACAGAAAAGCCUUUAAGGAUAAGUGGGGACCCACAAAAAGUAGAACACGCCAAGUCUUUGAUCUACGAGCUGCUUGCAGGCGACAGAAGAGAUGGAGGCGAUAGAGGAGGCCGUGGUGGAGGCGGUGGGCGCAUGGGCUUCGAUCGGGGGGGCGGUGGAGGCGGCCGAGGCGGUGGCGGUGGAGGCAACAGGUGGAGUGACCAAUCAGAGGCCACCUAUGUUGUUCCUGCAAACAAGUGCGGCAUCAUCAUUGGUCGCGGCGGCGAGACAAUAAAGCAGAUCAACCAGACUUCGGGUGCACACUGCGAGCUGGAUCGGAGGGCUCCUCCCACUGCCACUGAAAAAACGUUUCUGAUUAGAGGCCAGCCUGAUCAGAUAGAAGCGGCCAAGAGGAUGAUUGCCGAAAAGUUGGGCAAUGCAGGUCAGGACCAGAAUGGUGGUGGUGGUGGGCCGUUUGGCGGAGGAAUGUCUGGAGGAGGACCGCCUGGAGGGCCUCCUCAAUACGCACCGCAGAACUGGGGAGGCGGUGGUGGCGGCGGUGGAGGUCCACAAGGAUUCCAACAACCGUGGGGUGGCAACCCUCAACCUUCUCACGAUCCCAACAUGUUCGGUGCGCCACAGAAUAACCAAGUGCAAGUGCAGGUGAAUCCGCAGACUGGUCAGCCAGACUACUCAGCGCAGUGGGCAGAAUACUAUCGAUCGGUUGGCAUGAUACGCGAGGCAGAGGCUAUUGAACAGCAGGCCAAAGCUAAGCAGAGCAUGCCGCAAGGCCAACCUGCCCAGCAGCCAGCUCAACCCGCAGCGGCACCAGCGGUCGCCACGCAGAACGGCCAAGCUGACUACUCGGCACAAUGGGCGGAGUACUACCGGUCAACCGGCAAGGUCAAGGAGGCCGAGUUCAUCGAGCAGCAGAUGAAGAGUAAGGCGGCCGCCCCCGCGCCUCAACCCACCCCUACCCCUGCUGCCGCCCCCAUGUACGGCCAGCCACAGCCCUAUGGCUACGGCGGCGGUGCACCGGCUGCACCAUUCUAUGGAGCCAAUCAGAACCCAGCACAGUAUCCAGCUGGCUACCCAGGCUUCCCACAAGCUUUCCAAAUGCAAGCGCCGGGACAGGGUAUGGCUCCUGAUGGACAAUAGAUGUCUUACUUCAUGCACUGGCCAAUCUUUUUUCACCUGCUUAACUAGAUUUUUAUUAGUGGAAAUGACAUCGAUUGAGACAAGUUUUAAGGGCCAGCUGCUGUUAAAAAUUUUAUUAAUCCCUCACAUUAAUUAUAAUUUUGUUGAUUCACCAAUUUCCUGUACUUCAAAUAGGCCUACAAAUAUUCUAUUACUAGGGAAAAACAGAUAAAUUAGAAGACAUUAGAUUUAGUGUUGUUUGCGUGUGAUGACCACAUUCGUUACUCCAGUAAUGUGCCUGUGAAAGUGCGGGACAAAUAGUUUCUAUAGCAGUUGUCACAUUGUAACAAUAGUAUUUUACAUUAGAACAGACAAUUUCCCAACAGUGGUGAGGUGUAUAUUUCCUGAAUGUGUUAGGUUAUUCUUAGAAGUAUUAGUGUACUGCAGGGACUCUUCCGUAUUACAAGCAUAGUUUGGACUGUUUUGUGGGUUGUAGUUCAUAAUGCGUUCGAAAUAUCAAUUUGUCAAAAGCACUAGCUAGUUGGGAUGAAUUUAACUGAGUAAUGAAGAAUAUAAUUGAAGUGUGGUGCGGAGACAGAGAUGGGCAUCUUGAGUGAGGGGAAUUUAUUUAGAAGAAGUGAUGAUUGCAUAGAAAUAUUAGGUGGUGUUUGGGGGGUGGAGCUGCCGGUAGAACUCAUUCCAGUUAGGCGUGAUGGCAGAAUUAGUCAUGACACAGGGCUCAGUGGCGGCUUUUACAUCAAUAGCAGCUACAUGAAGAGAGUAGAGGAGUUCUACAUGCUGACCAAUCUUUAGCAACCCUGCCUGAAGUGAUGUAAAGAAAAGAAGUAGAAGUUGUGAAGAGGAGAGCAGCGAAUUUGCUCCACUGUCGAAACGAAUCAACAAUCUACACAUAAACAAUCCAUUUUUCUCACUUCAAAAGCCAAUUGAACUGUCGCAACAGGAGAGAGAGAGUAUGUCGGCUGGCAUGAGCUCAGAGGCUGCCUUAUGGUCUGAGCGACAGAGGAUUCAAAAUUCAAUGAUGAACCCAGUCAGUAUUCAAGAGCAGAUGCACUACACCCCACAUCUCAGUCUAGAAGAGAAUCCUCAUUAUUACGAGAAAAACAGGCUUCUUUUCAACCUAUUCUUAGAACGAGUCCAAAGAAAUGCUCAUUAAUUUUCAUUUUAUAUUUUGCUGGAUUCCUAUUUAUUCUUAGCUUACAUGAAUCUAUGUUGAGUAUAUCGGUUUUUUCUUGGUGUUUAUCUAAAUUGUAUGUUGAGUGUUCACUUUUCUCUUAUCAAUUGAUCAAUAUUUUUGGAUAAAGAAAUCAUUAUUAUGAAUCACUGUUUAAAAAUCAUAUUUGAAAGUGUAUGUGUUUUUGAAAUUAACAAAAACUUGGGGAAUAGUAUGUAUAUGUUUUGAAAAAUUUGGUACCUAAUUAUUUCAUUUAUCAGUCACGUAUGCUAACACGUUGAUGGAUUAUUAAACAUAAUAUAACUUGUAUCCGUUUAUUAUUUCAUUGCUUUUAGGUUGUAACUAAAUUUAUGAUCUAAUGUUAUAAUACUCUCUCAACAUCCUGAAUUGUUGCUCUAUAAUCCGUUGUUGAGAUUCGAUUUCGAUUUGAUUGGCUUUUUUUAAUGAAGCCGAUCAUAUUGUGAUACAUUUAUUCUAAUCUAAACCUAUGAAACUACUAUUAACGUCUAGGUUUGUGCUUAAACUCCACCUAAAAUUGAAUUUUCUGUAAGAAAGAGUUUUGUAAAGCAUUUUGGCUACAUACUUUGUCAAAAAUCAUGUCUAGGCUAUUGGAGAGAGUCAGGUUUAAGAAAUCUGAUAUCAAAUUUGACACAACCUAGCAAAUUGACUAGGCUUUAUGGGAAGGUUGCAUUUUCGUAGUUUCAUAUGUUGGAAAUUUUAUAAACAUUUUGGAAAUUUCAUUGAGGACAUUUAAUUAUUCCAAAGCAUUAAUGGAGUAAGUUUACAAUUAUUGUAUAAGUAGUUUUAAUUUUGUCUAGAUUCUCAUGAACAGUCUGGUUGAUUUUGAUGAAUGGAAAUUUUCUUCUCAGUGUUAAUGCUUACAAUAUAAUCACAUUUUACUAUAAUUUGAAUGAUUGUGAAUUGUCUAACUAGCGACUGAUUAUGUUAACUUCAUUCAUGUUUUUCGUAUUAAUUUUCAAUAUUCGUAUAAUCUUCUUGAAAAUCAUAUUUUGUAGGCCUAUUUUAAAAAUUAUUGUAAUCUAUAAUUGAAAAAUUGUAUGUAUUUUUUUUGAAAUUAAAUUGUUUAAAAAUA